AAGCAAAAAAACAGGUAAAAAGAGGAGGAAAUAGAGCAUAAUAGACUACUAGACACCCAAGAAGAGGAAGAGUAGGCUGCGCAAAGGAGUCUGCGUACAGUGCUUGGACGAGGCCCCAGAACACAGAUACAACCUGGUGAGCAGGGUCGACUUCUGGGUAGCGUGCUACAUGCCCAUAUACCUGGAGUUGGUGUGCACAGACUAUGCAGAGUGAAGUCUCAUUUGGAAGAAGUGCAGACAUCACUUCUGAGGGAACUACCACAGAGACAGGCAGCACGGAGGUCGCACAGGAAGGCACCAGUGGCGGGUGUGAGGCCCAGGCGAGGGAGGAGGAAUCAGGGGGUAGGAGUGUUGGUGCCAGAGGGAGGGGCGCCAUGCAGGGUGUGGAGCGGCUAAGAGAGGUGAGAGCCCGACUGGAGGCUCUCAGGAAGUGGAGUGAUGAGUGGACUUGCUUCCUUUGCUGCCAUGUCCGCACCGGCACCAUUGUUAUUGGCAUUUGGCACAUGCUUCUGCACCUGAUAACUCUUUCCCUGAUUGUUGUCAUGGUAGUCAACCCUGAUACCUUGAAGCAGUCAGGCAAUGAUCCCAGAGGAGCAGGUUCAGGAGUAGAGCAGUUGACUGUGGAGCCACUGGAUGUGCAAGCUGUCAACUGUGGGGCUGAGAUGCCUUGUAUCUUAGCAGCACAAGGUGAUGGCAACACUGAGCAGGUCACCAGUGACUUCUCCCUCUCCAUCAGUAACUUUAUGACCACUCACCGGCCAAACACAGAUGAGAUGAAUGUUGCCCUGUUCAUCACACUCUGUAUGUUCAUCGUGACCCUCCUGCUUGUGCAUGGGGCAUUCCGCCGCCAGCCCUCACACCUCAUGCCCUUCUUCUUUCUGCAAGUGUUUGAUUUUUGCAUUUCGAGCAUGACAAUGAUUGGCUAUGUGUCUUACCUGCCCAAUAUCCGCCAGUUGAUUCAAGAUAAUCCAGCUUUCCCGUUCCAGCAGCAACUCCUAGCCAUGAACACAAAAUGCCUUACCUUCUUUGCAAUGUUGAUAUUCAUAACUACCUUGAUGGUGAAGGCAUACUGUAUCAGCAUUGUUUGGCGUUGUUACAAGUACCUCAUGCUGAAGGUUCAGGCUGGUCGCUCUGUUUUGAGGUACCUGGGUGGAGUGUCUGGACCAGUAGAUCAGGAGAGCCAGACCCUUGUCAUGGGCCAAGAUCUGCCAGAUUAUGACACAGCCAUAGCUGACCCGCAGUACAGGAAGAAGCUGUCAGGUAUGUUCCCAGAGCCACCCCCAUCUUAUGACAUGGCCAUGGCAGCCCUAAGUGCUCAACACGGAUCAGAGGGUGGGACAGUCUCCUCCCUUCCUCAAGAACCAUCAGCUGCCACCCAAGACCAAACUAAUGCCAUUGCUGGGGAAGGCUUGCCUGGUGCUUCUGAUGCAGCUCCUGCUGCCACCACAACCACUACUGUUCUUGUCAAUACAGCCUCUCAUAGUGCAUGCUAAAAAUAACAAACUGGAGUUUUAUCAGUAAUUGAGGCAGACUGAUAUGAAACAAAUGCAUAUUAAUAUAGCCCUUGAAAAAUAUUCAUUGAUUUACAUCAGUGAUUUUAGAUACAUGAGAUUUAGAUUAGAAAAUUAGAUUCUUGAUUAAAUAAAUGUAUUAUCAGGCUAAUAGCUCUAGUCACUGAAUCUAGAUGACAGCCUCAAAUCUCAGAAGUUCUGUUCAAUAUGUUGCAACAGAGGAUAUACAGGAAAUAAAGACUCAGUAGUUUUGCAUAAGGAAAUUACUGUUUGGAAUAUAUUUUUAGCAAGGUAUUAGUAAAGUUGCAGACUCAUUUGAACCUAUUAGUUAUUCAGAGUAGACUUGAAGUUACAUAUAAGUAUGUUUUUUUUUCCUCCCCAUUUUUUAAACACCAACUACUGAUGUUAGAAUGAUUUGGCAAGAAAUAUAUAACAAUAUAAUCUAUUGAUUUCAUAUACUAUAUCAGUAUUUAUGUGUGAUUAUCUAAAGGAAUAAAUUUGUUUGAUAACAUUUAUGUGUAAUCAGCAGCAAUAUAAAGUAUUUUAUCAAUCAAUAAAUGUUAUCUGCAAGAA